GCGCGGGCGGCGGCGCUCGAUGCCAAGCCGCACGUGCAGGCAUGGAACAACGGCUCGAGGGACGCCGUUUCCUCCGUGCUGCGCUCGUUUGGCACCGUGCGCAGCCUCGUUGUCGGGGCCUACGCGGAGGCGUCGGACGACCUGCACCAGCUGUUCGACUGUGUGGUGGAGUCGGCAUCCAAGCAGCACUGGAGGCGGAUCGGCGCGCGUAGCGCGAAGGAGGCGCGGUCCUACUUCGCUACGACGCUGCGGCGGGCGUGGGGCGUGCACUUUGCGCGCGAGUUCGCGCGGCACCGCAUCCGACGCGUGGCAGAGCCUCGCUGGGAGAUGGCGGUGCGAGAUUUUGGGCAGAAAGUUGACGUCUGCCGGCGCAUCAAGGAGGUUCUGAAGAAUUAUGAGGAGGGAAGCCUCUUGAAGGAGAUGGUCCAGAACGCCGAUGAUGCAGGAGCGUCCGUGUUCGACGUCCUCCUCGACCUCCGGACCCAUGGUUCGUCAGAGCUUGCGCUUCCCGGCACGGCGGCCUUUCAGGGUCCUGCGCUCGUGACGCACAACGACGCGGUCUUCGCAGACUCCGACCUGGAGAGCAUUCAGCAGAUUGGCGGCUCGCAGAAGGCCGGGUCGCGGUCCACCAAGACGGGGCGCUUUGGCGUCGGCUUCUGCUCUUGCUAUCACGCUACCGACCUCCCUUCCUUCCUCUCUCGAGACUUUCUCGUGGUGCUCGACCCGCACUGCGCGCAC